UAGCAAUGUGUUAAUUUUUUUAGUUAAUUUAUUCUUGAUUUACGUUUUAGUCUAUCCAUUUAAAAUUAAAUAUGUUGAACAUGGAAGAACAUCAGAGGAACAUAAUGGCCAAACUUCACGCAUUGAAAGAAAUAAGGGCUAAAACAAUAGAAUUAGAGAAACUUAAAGCUAAAAUAUUAGAAGAAGUAGAAGCGAAGGAAAAAGAAGAAAAAUGUAUUUCUGAGUAUAAACAAGAAAUGGACCUUUUAAUGCAAGAAAAGAUGUCUCAUGUAGAAGAAUUGCGACAAAUUCACGCAGAUAUUAAUGCUAUGGAAAACGUAAUCAAGAAAGCUGAAGAGUCCAGGACUAGAUCUUUAGACCGUGCUAAGAAAAUUCAUGAUGAGUAUCGUCCCUUGAAGGAUGAUAUUGACAGAAUGAGAAGGGACUAUCUUGGCUUAGAAAGAUUACCAGAGCUCCAUGAGCAAGAAGCUGACCUUAUAACCCCUGAUUUAUUUGCUAAGAGCUACUCUGAGAAGACCUAUAAAGAAACAUGGCGCCCAGAUGUUGCUACGAUGAGUGGGUACUUGCAUCCUUCAACGUCAGCCUUUCUUCCACCUCUGCAGCCACCUCCAAUGAUGGCCAGCACCAGCAAAGCACCCGAUCCGUUGCCUCCUCUUCCUGGCCCACCUCCCACCUUCAGGCAGCAGCCACCGCCAAUGAAGUCUUGUCUCUCUUGCCAUCAGCAGAUCCACAGAAACGCUCCCAUCUGCCCUCUUUGUAAGGCCAAGUCUCGUAGUAGAAAUCCUAAGAAGCCGAAGAAAAAAGACUAAGCUGGCUUAAGUAUUUUUUUUUUUUUUUUUUACACAAGGUUUUAUAUUUUAUAUAUGUAUUUUACCAAUGGUAGUUUGCCAGUGAUUGUAAAAAGGCAAACCAGAUUCUAGAUAGAUCUCAAAUUGUCAUCCACGGCCCUAUACCUACGUCCAAGAUAGUUGUAGAGCUGGUGGGGAAGCUAUUGACCUUUUAA